UGUUCUCGUGCGCGCCAGAAAGAGGAACAAGAUGAAGUGGAGAGUGUGUUGCAGCCUGGUGGUGGUGGCAGCGGUGGUGGCGUCAGUGAGUGAGGGAGCAGUGAGGACAGCCAGGCAAGCUCGCCAGUGUUCAUCUGGUGAGGAGUGCCUGUCGCUGAGGGUGUGCAGGUCGAUCCAGGACGUGGUGUCGAGUCGGCGGUCUGGUUGGGAGAUUAUUGUGAGGGAGGCGAUAUGUGGGCAAGACAACGGUGGCUUCAGAGUGUGCUGCCCAGACUCUGACCCCGGCUCCAACAACCCCGUCGUCUCCGGCAGCAGCUCCACCACUUCCCAGCCUACUGUGGACGGAGAAACACUGCUGCCGAAGGGGAGUGAGUGCGGGCAAUCCGGUAACCACAGGGUCGUGUUCGGGGAAGAUGCUCCUCUCUAUGCCUAUCCUUGGAUGGUGCUGCUCGGAUACAGAGACAGAGCCAACCCAUCCUGGAAGUGUGGCGGCGCCCUCAUCAACGACCGCUACGUGCUCACCGCUGCUCACUGCGUCCACCGUAACUUCACCAUCCCCUCUGGCAACGGCGAUGUAGUGGCCCUGCGAGUGGGAGAACACACCAUAUCCAUCGACCCAGACUGCGCCCUGACCGAUGCCGUGCCGUGUUCCUCCCCCGAGGACUUCGACCCAGAAGAGGUGAUCGUUCACCCUCAGUUCAACAAGCGAGCUCCUGUGAGUGACGACAUCGCCCUCAUUCGCCUCAACAAGAAGGUCACGUUUGGCUUUUCCGCUAAGCCAGUGUGCCUUCCCGCUGCGGGCUUGGACGUGAAGAGCUUCCUGGGUGCGCGCGACGCCGUGGUGGCAGGUUGGGGCGCCACAGAGACCACCUCCACCUCUGACGUCCUGCAGGCUGCGAAGGUUCCAUUCGCAGAGAAGUCCACGUGCGAGCCUUUCUAUCGCAACCAGCUGGUGGACGAGCAGGUGUGCUUCGGCGGGAGAGGCAACGUAGACUCCUGCUUCGGAGAUUCUGGUGGCCCAGUCUUCCAAACCCACAACGAACUCCCUCGCUUCACCGUGCUGGGCAUCGUGUCCCGCGGCGUGCGUGAGUGCGGGACUCCUGGGGUUCCUGCUGUCUACACCAACGUCGCCUUCUACAGGCAGUGGAUAGCAAGCAGCAUCAAGCCCUAGGAUCUCUCCUUUCUCUUCAGGGACAUCUGAGUCCUUUCUUCACACAGCCCCAAAGAUGACCUCCUCCUUGUGGUGUUCCCUACAUCCCCAUGGCGCUGCUUCCCUCCCCGCGGCUCCAAGUGCCCGUGUCCCUCUCCAAUAGUCACUUUCCUAGUUCAGUAUUACAACAAUUUUUUCGCGACUCUUCUUGCCACAAUUAGGAAGCCAGAUAUGGGUCCUUCAUUAGCGGGGAAAGUAUUUAUAUGUAGUGACAAUGAUAUGUGAUAAGCCAGUAUGGCGCUAAUAAUAAAAUAUUUAAGUUCAUUA